AUCUCUUUCCCACCAUUGUACUUUUUCCAACUCGACAAUAUGGCCAUUUUCCUCUUAAUGAAAUUAAUUGGAAUAAUAUUGGUGCUUUUGAAUUUUGUUGACCCAUGUGUUUCGACACCAUGUACAUUCGAGAACUCUAAUAUAUGUGGUUAUAAGCAGGACCAAAAGGAUGAUUUUGAUUGGACAAGAUCAACGGGUGAAACUCCAUCGACAGACACGGGACCUGAACACGAUCACACAAAGAAAUCUGAUACAGGUUAUUAUAUGCACAUCGAAGCUUCAAGCCCGCGACUUCAAGGUGAUAAAGCCCGACUAGUUUCACUCGAACAAUCCUCGUCGUCGGCUAAUCGAUGUGUAAAAUUUUGGUAUCACAUGUACGGACAAGACACUGGUACUCUCAAUGUUUAUCUACAAACUAAUGGUAUCCUUGGAAAACCAGUCUGGAGGAAAACAGGUGAACAAGGCAACACUUGGAGGUUGGGAGAAUUUGAUAUUCCUGCCAAGUCUGGUCGUGUUUGGUUAGUGUUUGAAGGGGUUAGGGGUCUUGGUUACCUUGGGGAUAUUGCAUUAGAUGAUGUCGACAUAAAGAAAGGAUCAUGUUCACCGGGAAAUAAGAACAAAUCUUUGUCAUGUGAUUUUGAAUCUUUCAAUAUAUGUGGAUAUACAGAGGACAAGACGGAUGAUUUUGAUUGGACAAGAACAUCUGGAACAACCCCGUCACCAAGUACAGGACCGGCAAAUGACCAUACGUUCGGAUCCUUUAAAGGACACUAUCUUCAUAUAGAAGCAUCUAACCCACGACAGCUCGGCCACACAGCUCGGUUAAUAUCUCCCAGUAUGUCUCGCCCUAGAGAUGAAGGCUGUUUGCAGUUUUGGUACCACAUGUACGGGUCACACAUAGGAACUUUAAAUGUUUAUGUGAAAUCAAAUGGAAGGCUAGGAAGGGCUGUUUUGACCAAGAAAGGUGACAAAGGUAAAGGAUGGAUUCGAGGAGAGUUUCCACUUACAAAAAUCAGUCAAAAUUUCCAGAUCGUGUUUGAGGGGAUAAGAGGAGCUGGAUAUCAAGGCGAUAUUGCAAUUGAUGACGUAAAACUCAUGUCUGAUUCCUGUGCACGUAGAAAUUCAGUUAAUUGUGAUUUUGAGAGUUCGGAUAUCUGUCAAUUCGAGCAGGAUAGUUCAGAUGAUUUUGAUUGGACACGACAGACAGGAGAAACUUCAUCUGUAGACACUGGACCAGAGAACGACCAUACAUACAAAAUGGAGAACAAAGGGUUCUUUAUGUUUAUUGAAACAUCAAGCCCACGUGUGACUGGCGAUAUCGCUCGAUUGAUGACACCAGAACAGCCAUCACCAUCAUCGGACCUAUGUGUACAGUUCUGGUAUCAUAUGUUUGGACAGACGAUUAGCAAGCUUAAUGUUUACUUGAAGCAAAAGAAAAAUCUAGGAAAUUCGAUAUGGUCAAAAGCGGGUGACCAAGGCAAGAAGUGGUUACUGGGAGAAAUUGAAGUCCCUGCGAACUUUGGGAGAUUCCAUAUUGUCUUUGAAGGUGUUGUAGGCUCUGACUAUCAUGGUGAUAUUGCAAUUGACGAUAUUCAUAUGAAGCAAGGAGGUUGCUAUUCUGGAAAAAGUGGUAACUGUACAUUCGAAUCUGGUCUCUGUUCCUGGACAAACGCCCUGGGAUCAAAUGAUGAUUUUGAUUGGUCGGUUGGAAAGGGAGGCACUCAAAGGAAAGAUGCAAGUCCUUUUGUGGAUCAUACAUACCAAAAUAAAACUGGAAAAUAUCUAUAUACCGAAUGCUCAUCACCCCAGAGUUCAGGGAAUGUCGCUAGUAUUCGAAGUACAAGACUGGCGCCUACAAAUGGAACAUGUGUAGGUUUCUGGUACCAUAUGGAUGGAGAUCAUAUUGGUAAACUGUCUGUGUCAGUAGAUGUUAAAGGAUCUAGAUCUCCAGUUAUUUGGAAACUCAAGGGACGGCAAGGACAUAAGUGGAACCUAGGGCAAAUUUCAAUAGCCAGUGCUUUACAUUACAGACUUCUGAUUAAUGUAACAUGCGGUAAAGGACUCAAAGGAGACAUAGGUAUCGAUGACGUCAUUGUAGAUCACACCCAAUCGUGUUCCGUUCUACCAAAGAAAGCAGUAAAAGAAUGGCAUCUGAUAUUCCUUGGAAAAAGUGGCAAUGGUGACAGUAUUUAUGACAAGUGGAGAAAACAAACACCAUCAAUAUGUACAAUAUCUAAAAACUGUUUACCCGAGAACGAGGAGAUAUCAAUAUUUAAUGUCAAAUCAGAACAUCACCUGAAGAGUCCUAUCAUUGAUAACUGGGCUACAUCAAACAUCAAACAGAUUAAAUUAGAGCUAUACAAGAAGAAGGUAUUAGUCAUGUCUAUGAUCUUUGACGGAACCAAUACAAAUAACAUAAACUGGUUCUCUUCUAAAAACUUGAUUAACAGCAGUUUCGAUGAUUUGUAUGGGGAUGGUUGCUUUUUCAAAUACCAACUGAAUUCAUGGUAUGCUUAUUCAUUCAUGACAUUCCAAGAUGGUCACCCAUGUGAUUCCUAUGCCAAAGGGUGGUUUGCUGUCAUUGAUAAAGAAUACAGUUCGUCCUCAUCUUAUCCUAGCACUUGUUUACAUAUGAAGCAACAACAGUAUCCGGUGUUUGCAUAUGCUGAAUAUAACCACAAAACAAGGUGGUUUGACAAAAGUUAUGGUUUGGCAGAUACCUUGGUUAUUAUGGUUAAGCGAACAUAAUGUUCACCAACGGAAUACAAUAAGCAAACAAAAUGACCUGUCGCAUUGGAUUUUAUAUAUCUUAAUUUUGACUGACAAGGACAUUUCAAAGAUAUAUCAUGGACUUUUAGUCAAUUCGAGUUAACGAAUGACAUUAUUUUUAUUAAUUGCAAUACUCCACAGCAUUUGACGAAUACACUCUUAAGUGAACAAAAAUGAGGGGGAGAAAUCCUUUAAUAACUUGAAAGGUGUUUUUGAAACACUAUUUUGUAUAGUAUUUUAUUACAUAAGACCAUAAUUUGUUUUACAAUCUACUGUUAUUUUCACGAUAAAGAUUAAAUUAUUAUAAUGCUACCACACUAUAAAAAUGGUGAUGUGGUAUGCAUGAGACAGAUAUAUACAAGAUUUGUCACACUGUUUAUUACUAUAAGACACACUGCUAAAGAAUGUAGAUUAUUUCACAAUCCACGCUGAUAAUGAUACUUAUAUGAGAUUUUCUAAGCAAUUUAGAGUGCGAAGUAACAUGACGGGAUUUGUUAUUUAUUAUAAAACGAAAUGACAUUUCAUAGAUUUCGUGAGUCCAAAGUGCCUUACUGUGUAGUUAUUUUUUUUGGUAAAUCCUUUUGGCGUAGCUCGGUAUUAAUAAACCCCGCCAUUGUGUUAUUAUUCAUUGUUCAUUUUUUGUAUUCUUGUCUUUCAUUUUUGCUUAUGUGCUUUUUCUAAAUAGUGUCUAUAUGCCA